UACCAAUCUUUCAUCUAAUAUAAAUCUCCAAUCUUUCCUAGAAACCCACAAACAAUUACAUAUCUCUGAUCUAACUGGUUCAUCAUGGCUAGCCUAGCAGAUCAAGAAUCCAAACACCAUUACCCUCUGGAUGCUUCUUCUUACAGAAUCCUUGAAGAAAUCGGCUGCGGGAUGAGUGCUACAGUCUACAAAGCGGUUUGCACACCCAAGAACUCAACCAUUGUAGCAAUCAAAGCCAUUAAUCUAGACAAAUCGCCUCGCGAUUUGGAUUCAAUCCUCCAAGAGGCCAAAACCAUGUCUCUUCUUUCUCAUUCCAACAUCCUCAAAGCCCACUGCUCUUUCACAGUGGACCACCUGCUAUGGGUAAUCAUGCCCUUCAUGUCCGCCGGCUCUCUAGAGUCCAUCAUCUCCAGCUCGUUUCCAACUGGACUGCCGGAGCCCUGCAUUGCUGUUGUCCUUAAAGAAACCUUAAACGCUCUGUCUUAUCUCCAUAUCCAGGGACAUCUCCACAGGGACAUUAAGGCCGGAAACAUCCUCGUCGACUUUGACGGAUCGGUAAAACUGGCGGAUUUCGGUGUGUCCACAUCCAUUUACCGUAUGGGUUCGGCUUCUUCAUCCUCGCUUGCGAUCACAGACAUAGCCGGGACCCCUUAUUGGAUGGCGCCCGAGGUGAUUCACUCUCAUAAUGGGUAUUCUUUAAAGGCUGACAUCUGGUCAUUUGGAAUCACGGCUUUGGAAUUGGCGCAUGGUAGGCCGCCUCUCUCUAAUCUUCCACUGUCGAAGUCUCUGAUCAUGAAGAUCACCAAGAGGUUUCGAUUUUCAGAUUUAGAAAAGAGUGGGGAGAUUUCUAGUUCUGGUAAGAAGUUCUCAAAGUCGUUCAAGGAUCUUGUUGGGCAAUGUCUUGAUAAAGAUCCGGCAAAGAGACCGACCGCGGAGAAGUUGCUGAAGCAUUCUUUCUUCAGAAAUUGUAAAGGUACCAAUUAUCUUGUGAAGAACAUGCUGACCGGGUUGCCUAGUGUGGAAGACAGGUUUAAGCAAUUGAAACAUCAGAGAAUGAGAAUGGGGGGAUCAAUUAAAAGUAGUGAUGACAAUGAGGAAGAAGAGGAGAGGGAAAGGGAGGUUGGUCGGAAACAGAGGAGAAUUAGUGGGUGGAAUUUGAACGUGGAGGAUUUCGAGCUUAACCCUGUUUUUCCUGUUGAGACAGGUGAUGAGAGUGUGGUGAAACAAGUUCGAUUUGGUGGGGAAGAAACCGUAAUUAAGGAGAAAGGAGUAAUGGAAAGUAGUAGUGGAGCCUGGGAGGCAUCUGGUUCUGGUUCUGGUUCUGGUUCAGUAGAGGAGGAGGAGAAGAAGAACCCAGAGCCAGAGCAAGAGCAGGGGGUGGUUUCGGAGAAGUUGAAUCCUAGGGUAGUAAGAGAGUUAGUGUUGAACACACUUAAUGUUGUGAAAAAGAGCUUGGAUCUACAGAAUGAGUAUGUAAUUCAGUUGAUCCGAGCUCUGGGUGGAGGAGUGGAGGAGGAGGAAGAAGAAACAAGGGUGAUUAGAGAGAAAGUAUUGAUGAAGGAAGAACUACUUGAUGAUAUAGAGAAAAGAUUUGAUUUCGGCCAUUUAGCGAUGGAGUUGGCGGCGGUCAGGACGCAAAUACCCGAUCAAAAAUAUGAUUUCGAUAAAGAAUCAAGUAUAGAAUAAGUUCCUUAAUUAUAAUAUAUAUAUAUUAAUAAAAUGAGCUCGUAUUAAUUUGUUUUUGUAACAUAUAUGGUCAGGUUAUUUUAAUUUUAAAAUAUGUUUUUAGUGGGAUAAAUCACUUUAGCUUA